GCUAACUUUUCCUAAUUUAGCAGGUAAAUGUCUCCACCGCCUCUGCUAGUAGUAGGAGUUGGGUCGGAAGAGGAGGAAGAUGGCCGGAGCGCUGUUACCCUAUUGGCAUCUUCCGGCUCCAUGGAAAGUAAUGGAAUCAAUGGGACAAAACUAAAAGAAAGAAACUAUAUGGGUUUAACAGAUUGUUCAUCUUUGGACAGUUCUGCAAAUUCAUCUGAAAACAAAGUUAAUCUUAAUAUAAAGGCAACCGAGCUCAGGCUAGGGCUUCCUGGAUCUCAGUCACCAGAAAGAAAUUCAGAUAUCUUUCUUGGAAAAUUUGAUGAGAAAACUCUUUUCCCAUUGCAUCCUUCAAAGGAUUUGUUGCCUCAAAAGACAAUAAUUUCAGGCAAUAAAAGAGGCUUCUCGGAUGCUAUGGAAAAUUUUCCAAAGGGGAAAUUUCUUGCCAAUUCUGAUGUAAAUGUGAUGCCAUCAAACACAAAUGUAAAAUCUGGAACUGCAAAAGACUGUCCCUUGGUGAAGGAGGCUGUGGUUAUUCAACAUACUGACAAAGAGAGAACUCAAGCUGCAAAUGAUAAGGUUCAAAACAAUGCAGUUCUUGCUGCAAAUAACAACAGCAAUGCUCCGGCGACGAAGGCGCAGCUUGUGGGCUGGCCUCCUGUCAGAUCAUAUAGGAAGAACACACUGGCUACGAGUUCGAAGAACAGUGAAGAAUUAGAAGGAAAAGCUGGUCUUGGUCUGUCUGGUCUGUUGAUUAAGGUGAGCAUGGAUGGUGCACCUUAUUUGAGGAAAGUUGACCUGAGAAAUUACUCAACAUAUCCAGAACUCUCAUCUGCACUUGAGAAGAUGUUUAGUUGCUUUACCAUUGGUCAAUAUGGAUCUCAAGGCAAAGAGAUGCUAAAUGAGUGGAAAUUGAAAGAUUUGCUCAGUGGGUCUGAAUAUGUUCUUACUUACGAGGACAAGGAUGCUGAUUGGAUGCUUGUCGGUGAUGUCCCGUGGGAGAUGUUCAUUGAUACAUGCAAGAGGCUGAGGAUUAUGAGGAGUUCCGAUGCUAUUGGCCUAGCUCCUAGGGCCAUGGAAAAAUCUCAAAGUACGAACUGAACUAAACGAGCAUUUGCCUCACUUUUCUUGCUAUUCAUGUGGUAAGGAAGAAGAAAUCAUCGUCUGGGUAGCUGAUCUUUGUUAAAUGUCUGUGUCUAUUAUUGGUUGUGUUUUAGUUUCUCCAAUUUCCAUUGCACUAUUGAUGUUUGCUUAGGUUUUCUCUCUUGCAUCACCCUUCUUAAGACCUUUAUUGGGUAACGUUAUUUGGUUCAUGUUAUGUUAAGUGCUGCUGCCUUGUAUCAUUUAUACCUAAAAGAUUUCUACUACUUGGCAUGUAAAGUGUAUUGUUUGUCAGCCAUCUAUGUUCCUUAUGAGUGUUAA